AUGUAUCUCCCCAAGCUUGCUUGCAUUUCUCUCUUCGCCACCAUUGCUGCAUCCGCGAGUUACCAGAUAUCCACACAGCCCCCUUCUUUGGACAAUUGCUGGGAAGCCUCGAAGAACAUUGAUGAGCUUCUGAGCUUAUACGCGCAGCAGGGUGAAUCCUGGAUGGAGCAGUCGCGGGAUGCCAUCGGCCAGAUUUUGCAGUCAAUUGCGGAAGCAGGAACCACCAUCAAGCGGAACUGUGAAAAAUUGCAAAGUAUCGGUGACAAACAAUCGUACCAAGAGGCCGAGCAGAAUGCCGCCGAUCUUUUCGGAAAGGACUGCCUUAACCAUGCCAACGCCAUCAGUGCUCGGGCUGUUAGGAGUGCUCCCGCCGGAGGUACGCCUCUCCGGCUGGCUAUCAUGUGUACGAGCCAGGAACUCCACGACGAGAUAUCCCAUUACCUGUACGGCAAUUUCGAACUCGGGAUCAAUAUCACAUCGAGCAUCGCCCCAGGCUCCUGGAUCGAGUUUGAACUUCCAAGAAUACGCGCUAAAUGGCAGGUCGCGAGCGUGACCGAGGCCAUUACACGAGAAUUCGGAGAAUUCCCAUUUCACAAGGUACAUGCAACGAAGCUUUCAGACCGGGGCCAGGUGGUACUGCGCUGGGAGAGACUUAAUCUAUCCAUAUCUUUCCUAUCAGUUCGCCGACCGGCUAAGAGAAUUACUCUGGUAUUUCAGAACGAGAAAGAUCUCUGGUUACGGGAUCAGAGAUGGAGACGCAACCCGGCCUAUGAUCAUGAAAGCUUGGCACUUCAGCUACUACGUGUUGAAAACUGUUCGGACAUCCGCAUACCGCAAGCUGAAAAUAAUAAGGAAGGUUUGGUUUGGACUUGUUAUCAUGAUGCCCUUUCGCAUGUUUUCCCGCCGACGCCUCCUGAACAUGGUAGCAAGAGUCCAAACCGCCCGAAAGACACCACGCUUGUGCGUCCACAAGCAAUCCGGAGACACAAGCAGAGAGAGCAACGACAUACGAAGAAGAGAGUUAAAUAUUGGCUUGGAUACCUGCUUGACGAGGAAGAUGAAAAGCCCUGCCAAUGUGGUCCGGAAGCGCACGAGGUGAAAGAAGUUGAGAUCACUCACAAAUAUGCACCAAAUAAGUAUCCCGAGCGGAGUUAUGAUUUCACUGAAAGUGAAGAUGAUUGCUACAACUAUACGACCGAGGUUUACAUCCGCCAAACUGACCCGACGGUGCAUUAUACUUGUGGGUAG